UCCACUGUUUCAUUUAGUCUUUCCUGUUAUCUGGCCAGUCAGACGGCUCGCAGUUCUCUCUGUAGAGGACGGUGGGAGGUUGGAAGGGUGAGCUUCCAGAAGGACAGGUCGGUCCAUUUUCCCUGUCUUCUUCCUGAGCCGUCUGUCCAUCACUGUGAUAGAGCUGCCUGCGUCUUGUGGAUUUACCUCUGUGUGAGUGACACCUGGAAAGGCGAGGGAAACCUGAGAGGAGAGGCAGGAGUCUACUCCCCCCUCCAUUCCUCCUGUGUGUGGAUGACUUGUGCUCUUCUGUAAGUACUAGAUUGCUCCUUAGCACCAUGAACAAGAUGAAGAACUUUAAGAGGCGUUUCUCUCUUUCUGUUCCUCGCACUGAGACCAUUGAGGAGAAUGAGUUUACUGAGCAGAUCAACCAGCUCAACAUACAGCACACUCAGGGCCUGACUCCAGACAGGCUGGGUCUUCCAUCGGAUGAUGCCAGCCCGGUAAGCCCUGAACCAACAACACCGGGAGCUCAGUCUCCGUCCCACCUCCACUACCACAGCAAGGCCCAGCACAGACGUUUCUCCAUGGAGGACGUCAGUAAGCACAUGUCUCUGCCCAUGGACAUCCGCCUGCCUCCAGAGUUUCUGAAGAAACUGCAGCUGGAGAGUGAAAACUCACCGCCCUGCAAACCUCUGAGUCGCAUGUCUCGACGCGCUUCACUGUCUGACAUAGGCUUUGGGAAACUGGAGACGUACGUGAAGCUUGGCAAACUGGGUGAGGGUACGUAUGCCACAGUAUUCAAAGGUCGAAGCAAACUAACGGAGAACCUGGUGGCGCUAAAGGAGAUUCGGCUGGAGCACGAAGAGGGAGCACCUUGCACUGCUAUCAGAGAGGUGUCCCUACUGAAGAACCUGAAACAUGCCAACAUCGUCACACUGCACGACAUCAUCCACACCGACCGCUGCCUCACUCUGGUGUUUGAGUAUCUUGACAGUGACCUUAAACAGUACUUGGACAACUGUGGGAAUCUCAUGAGCAUGCAUAACGUCAAGAUCUUCAUGUUUCAGCUGCUGCGUGGUCUGUCCUAUUGUCACAAGAGGAAAAUCCUCCACAGAGACCUGAAGCCACAGAACCUGCUGAUCAAUGAUAAGGGCGAGCUCAAACUGGCCGACUUUGGUCUGGCGAGGGCCAAGUCUGUCCCCACUAAGACCUAUUCCAAUGAGGUAGUAACUCUAUGGUAUCGGCCCCCUGACGUGCUGCUGGGCUCUACAGAAUACUCCACACCCAUCGAUAUGUGGGGCGUGGGCUGUAUCCUGUAUGAAAUGGCAACAGGUCGCCCCAUGUUUCCUGGUGCCACAGUGAAGGAGGAGCUACAUCUAGUUUUUAGGCUCAUGGGUACUCCAUCAGAAGAGACCUGGUCUGGUAUCAGCAGCAAUGAGGAGUUUCGGUCUUACCUUUUUCCUCAAUACAGACCUCAAGCGCUCAUCAACCAUGUGCCCAGGUUGGACACAGAGGGGAUCGACCUGCUGUCUGCUUUGCUGAUGUACGACACCAGAAGCAGAAUCUCCGCUGAAGCUGCUCUACGACAUCCCUACUUCCUGUGUCUAGGGGAUAACAUACACAAUUUGGCAGACACUGCUUCAGUGUUUUCCCUCAGAGAGGUGCAGCUCCAGAAGGAUCCAGGCCACCGCAGCUCAUUGUUUCAGCCUUUAAGUCGCGGAAAGAACCGAAGACAAAGCAUCUUCUAGAGGUCACAGAGGAGCAGCAGAGACACGCAGAGAACAGAAGCUGCCUUUUCAGACCACAGCACAAAGGCCAACACAGCUCAGCACAUUCACAAGCAUGCUCACACAUGAAGUGCACAUACCUGCAUGUACACACAAACUCAUGCCCAUGGCAGCU